AGUAAGAGCAUUAGUAGAGAUCGGAAAUGUUGUGACCGUUCGAAUGGUGGCCAAAAGAUAAGGGUGACAACAAGGAGCUUCGCUAUCGAGCUCUCUCUGGCGUCGAUAUGGGAAAGCUUUACCGUCCAUUUCGUGUUAACUUUCUGCAGGCACUGGUGGCAGUGUGGCUGGCCGGUAAGACAUUGGGUCAAGAUAGUUUCUACUUUAACCCUCACCCAAAAAGCCGAACUGUCUUCAGUGGUCAGUCUGUAACUCUACACUGUAACGUCUCCAACACUCAACACAUCGUGUUUUACUGGACCCUCGACAAUAACCCCGUGGCCAACGGAACUAGAAGAUUUCAAAAGGGAUCAAACUUGCAUAUCACCCGUGUUGACCGCCACAAAGACACCGGCGAGUUUAAAUGUAUUGCUACCAACGUAACAACAGGGAUCUCAUUGGCCAGUCAAGGUGCACAGCUGGAUAUUGAAUGGAUCAGUGAUAUGGCUGAAAUACAGCUUCACAGUCCUCCGAAGGAAGAGGAAUUGGUUCUUGGGGGAGAGAUGGUACUUCGAUGUAAAGCUGAAGGGAGCUCUAACAUCAGCUACGUGUGGUUCCACAAUGGUAACAAGAUCUUCAGGAACAACAGAAUAUCCAUCCGCCACAGACGACUUCAGAUUGAUAAACUGACCCUUCAAGACAAUGGGAUUUAUUCUUGUCGCGGAGUUAACAAAGCUGGCGUUGUCACAAGCGCUAACAACUUUGCUCUCCGUUUAAAAAAUAAAGAUGCGCCUCAAAUCCUGAAACUCCCUCAAGACAUCACUGCCAAGAAGGACGACUCUGCCGUCUUUGACUGUGUGUAUAAGAAUGCUGUGGCUGUACAGUGGUUUUUUCGCAACAAAGAUGUUCCUCUCACCAACAGUUCCAGGUUUACAGUUUACCCUAAUGGCUCCUUAGCUUUGUUGAGAGUGAGAGAUGGAGAUGAAGGAAUAUAUCGCUGUGUGAGUGUCAGUGCUUCUGAAGACGACCCUAAACAGACCUAUGUGGCUUAUUUGAGAGUUGCAUUUCUUCGUGACAUCACAGAGGAUUCUUUUGAGCCCCCAGUAAAUCCACACGAAAAGACCGUUGUUCCUCGGAAUGGAGUAUUUGAGAUCAUGUGUAAUCAUCCAGUUGGGCAUCCAAAACCAAGACUCUGGUGGGAAGGACCCGAUGGUCAUGUGAUCAGUGACGCAGGCCAUGUAAGAGUUGACGAUACCCGACUUAUAAUUGAUGUCGUCACAAUGUCCGACUCCGGCAGUUACAGUUGCAUAGCAGAGAAUUUGGCAGGCCAAAAACGAUACACCAUCGAUCUGUAUGUUUCAGUUCCACCCACAAUAAAGUCUCACCCGUUAAGAGUUCAGACAGAUGAAGGUGAAACAGCUAAGAUAUUCUGUGAAUACAAUGGGAGCCCUUACCCCAUAACCUCUGUCCACUGGCUAAAAAAUGGUAAAAAAAUAGAAACUUCCCGUUCCCACUAUGUUGUCCACCCAGACAACGGAACUCUCUUCAUCCAUGGAGUUCAGCUUGUGGACUCGGGACUUUACCAGUGUGAAGUGAAAACUAAAGGAUUUCCUUCUAUCCAGUCUAAAAAUGCUUCAUUUGUUGUGAAAGAGAAGUUAAAGUUUGCUCCACCUCCAGUCAGUAAAAACUUGGAACUUGGAUCUAAUGCUAAGAUCUACUGUAAAGCCAGAGGAGCUGUCCCACCCACAGUACGAUGGACUAAGGAGGGAAAUGAAUACUUUAAAUGGCCACCACAUAUUAAAGAUGAAAAUGGAACUCUGUACUUUACUAGUGUACGACAGAGUGAUGCUGGAAACUACACUUGUUUUGCCACUAGCACUCAGGCAUUUAUCAAUACAACUAUACAUGUUGAAGUUAUUGUUUUGCCAACCUUUACCGUAAGGCCAGCAGAAACUAUUGCUUAUGAAGGUUAUCCCAUCAUGCUUCAUUGUAAAGCCACAGGUGACCCACCACCUACCAUCCAAUGGGAUAAGGAUAAUGUACUCAAUGGUUUUGACAAAAAGCGGUUUCAAGUUCUAGAAAAUGGAACUCUAUAUGUCAGUGAAGCUCACAGGAAUGAUGAAGGAAAAUAUGGAUGUACUGCUGGAAACAGUGGAGGUUUUCGCCGAACAGAAAUUAAACUAGUUGUUCAAAGUGGAGAAAGUUAUAGCCCUAAUCAAAUUGGUGCUGGAUUGGAUGGGAAUGAGAACACCAUGACUAAAACAGUCACGAUAACUCUUGGUGCUGCAGCAGUCUACAUGGUGCUUGUUAUGGGCUUGAUGAUCUGGUGCCGUUUCAGGCGGGCAAGACGUAAGGCCUUGCUUCUUGCUCAAGCAACUGCAGAUGUGGCUAAGUCUGAGAAUGGAGAUGUCAUUCAAAACACAGAACUGAAAGAUAAAAAUGGAUCUGUUAGAAAAGACCACAGAAAUGGAGGGCCAGCCAAAAGUGAUGGAGAGGGUCAUUCACACAGCUCUGGCUCUCAUUCACACCAUUCCAAACGUAGUAGGUCAUCAUAUGACAGACUUCAGUUUCCACGUCACGACCUUCAAACAGUCAUGCUCUUGGGGAGAGGCGAAUUUGGAGAUGUAUUUCUUGCUAAGGCUCGUGGAAUACGAGACAAUGAAGCUGAAACCCUAGUUAUGGUAAAAGCACUGCACACUCGGGAUGAAAAUGACCACUUUGAAUUUAAAAGAGAAAUGGACAUUUUUCACAAGCUGAACCAUCAAAAUGUAGUGAAACUUCUAGGCUUAUGUCGAGAUGUAGAGCCAUUCCUGAUGAUUGUGGAAUACAGUGAUUGGGGAGACUUGAAGCAGUUCUUGUUAGCCACUCGAAAGGAUACAGCUCGUAAAGGUCCCAAACCUCCACCACUAUUUACUUCUCAAAUUAUGGCUAUUUGUCACCAGGUGGCACUUGGAAUGGAAAGCCUAUCAAAUCACAGGUUUGUUCACAAAGAUUUAGCCACAAGGAAUUGUCUGAUCACUUCAAGACUGGAAGUAAAGAUCAGCAGCCCAAGCCUCUCCAGAGACACCUAUGCUCAGGAAUACAGUCGUUACCAGUUCAAGAAUAUCCCAUUAAGGUGGGCACCAGCUGAAGCUGUCCUGGAGGAUGAGUGGUCAACCAAAAGUGAUGUUUGGUCUUUUGCUGUUUUCACCUGGGAAGUUUUCAUGCAGGCAGAACUUCCUUUUGCUAAUAAGGGAGAUGAUGUAAUAUUGCGACUCUUGAGAAGUCAUGACUUGCAUUGGAACCCACCAGAGGGAUCUCCUCAAUCUUUGCGAAACUUGCUCCUCUCCUGUUGGAACAUAAGUCCAAAAGACAGGCCAACAUUCAGUGAAAUUGCCAUGCAAAUUGGUGAAAUAAAAGUAGACAGUAAAAUGUGACAUUUGUGUUAAUUAAACAAUGUGAAACUAAUCCACUUAUUGUUAAUAAGGAAUGUUACUGUAAUAGACAGUUAGAGAACCUCCUAGGCCCGAGUCAUGUGCCCCAAUGAUUAUUUGGUAUCUGCUGGCCAGAUGGUCUUUUCUUUAUUAGACCUAGUCUUAAUGUGGUAAUGUUAUGUUUAGGUAUUCAGAAGAAAACUAUAACAUACCAAUAACAAAAGUACCAGAUCUGAACAAAGAACUGUUUAUAAUUCUGAUGUCUGUUUAAACUCUUAAGUGAUUUGCUGGCAUAUGGCUACAGUCAUAGUAAAUUAUCCUAAUAUAAAAAGAUAUGCUUUUUUCAAUUACUGGAAUUUGGAAUACCAAUUAAAGGGUUAUUGCUUAGCCAUCUUUUUUUUCCCUUGGAAAUAUGUUAAUACACUUUGCACUGCCAAUAUCAUCUCUAAUUGAGUGAAUCCAUACAGGAGAAGAGAACUUAGUACAAGAAUUUAUUAUCUUAUUUUAAUCCAUCUGCACUAAACACUUAACUCACUGCCUAAAUUACCUUACUAUUUUUCUCUGUGUGUGAGUGAACAAAUUUGCUAGUCAUAGGGCAUGUUAUCAUUUUGAAGUUGAUACUUUUGUGUAUAUACAUAUAUCCCCAGUUAAGCUUUAACAUAAGUCUUACUGGAUUAGAGAAAAAACAGUUCUAUUAAAACUUGAAGAACACUGGAAAUUUGUCACAAUAAUAAUGUACUAAAUACACAUGUAAGGUAUCCCAAUUGUGUAUUCACUUAUUAGGUCUAGGUCAGCAAUGCCCAAACUGAAAUUUACUAUCAAGUAGGGCUGUGAAGUAACAGUCUAUUACUGAUGUACUUUUACUUAGGAAAAAAAUUAUUUAGUCAUUUUUGGGAUUAUAAAUUUUUGUAUUCCAGUCCUAGCCAAAAUAUUUGGCCAGAAUACUACCCUGUUCAUAAGUACUUAACAUAGGCACAUGGGUUUAAUCCUUGUUAUUUUCAAUGAAACACAGUUUAUAUGAAAAGCUUUUACAGAAACAAAAAGAUAAGUAGGCUAAUCCCCAGAGUUCAGUACUGUGUGAUGUUUUAAGUUCAAUGAAGAAUGAAGCAGCCUGGAGUGUGUGGGUUUGUCUUCACCCUGACAUCCUGAGGAAUGACUGAAAAUCCAAGUAUAAACCUCAUAUAUUUUCUGUUUUUUUUUUUUGCUUGUUAUACAAUAUUCAUACAAAUGAACUGUUUUUGAAUAUUUUAGUACUGAAGAACAGUUACAGGUAAUAUUUAACACACUACAAAAGGUGGGAAGUUCUUUUUUGGCCUUUUGGAAAUUUCUUGGAUAACUAUUAAAUAUUUGAACAAUGAAAGAUGACAAUUUCAGGUAAUUUUCAACAUGAGCUUUCAAUGACAUUUAAAAGUGAAAACAUUCACAUAACUUAGAUACUGACAUAGCAUUUACAGUAUUGGUAUUCUGCACGAGUCUCAUUUUUGUGCCAUAUUUAGGUUAUUUCUAACACUUCUGAUAUGCUAGAAAUCAUGGUGAUGUCUGAUUUUGUCAGUAAACAGUGUUUAUAUGAAGAAGUAUGUCUAGAAAAUAUUCACAUUGUACAUACAGUAACUUUUAUAUAUAUGAUACUUAAACUUUGCAGGUAAUCUGUGAAGUAUAACAAUAAUCUAGUUUUUUUUAUCAUACAUAGAUUUAAAUGUUUAAUAUGUUAACAACUAGAUACUUAAUCAACUACUAAAAACAUAAUUUUUUUCAGAAUAUAGUUCUUUUUUUUUCUUUGCAUGUUACAGUGUGAUUUAAUGUUAAAGUACUGAAACAGUAAGUUUUCUGAUGUUAGUGAAAAAUAUGAAACUGUUGAAUUCUAUGCUGGUCUGUUGCUAGAAUGUUACAUGUUUUGUGUGUGUAUUGUAACGUAUCAGGAUGUUAAGAAAUCUGCAGUGAACUGAGACUUGAACCCAGGACACCAGUGUACUCCUACCAAUUGACGUACCUGGGUUCAAGUUAUCACGCAGACAAGUCUUCACUUUUACUAUUAUGAUAUGUUUCAGUAACAAACUGAAUUUUGAAGAGAAGUAUUUAAAUAACAUUUAUGUAUGUGGAUGUCAUAAAGACUGGUUACAGUUAUGUAAUAAUGUGAAAAUAACAGGCUUUACAAGUUUGUUAUGCUUAUAAUAUACCGUAUUAAUUACCUUCCUACUGUUUAUGCAUAGGAUAUUUUUCAUAUUCUGAAACAUGUCAGAUUACUUGAAUGAAAUAGUAUAUAUAUAUAUAUAUAUAUAUGUAGUUGCAAAACUAAGUAGAAAGUUUUAGGAUUUUUUUUGUCUCACAAUACAGAAACGUCCAGUAACAAUUCUGUUCUCUGUUUUUCACUAAUUGUAUUCAAAAUAUUUCCUUUGUGCAAAUAAGAUACCAAGGUGUCCAAGUCUUAAAAUGUGCCAUUUUUGUACAUAAUAUUUGUAUCACACCUUCUUUUACUUUUGAUGUACAAAAUAAAUUUUGUAUUCUAUCGUU